UUGAGCAAUCCGACAGCGAGACGACGAAGCAUGAGCCUGCGAUCGGGAACGCAUGGGAAGCCCAAGGCAGCGCUGACGAUCAUGGACAAGAAGCUGCCUGUGAACCCCAAGUACAAGGAUACGCAGAGCAAGCUCAACACGGGCAACACGGUCAACAACGUCCGCUUGAUCUCGAGCAAAGAGUUUCUUAAGCGCCGGGACGAGUCCUUCCGCCGCAUUACGCCCAAGUGCUUGGCCGAACUCUUCAACGAGUACGAGGACGUUGGGAAAGGCUGCGACAGCGCGUCGCCAGAGAUGGUGGCUCGCAUGGUCAAGAACGCCAAAGGCGAGUACGUCAUGGAGCGCCACGCCGCCGAUGACAACCAAGCGCAAUCGGGCGGCCCGCGCGUCGUGAGCUACGACGCCGAGGAGCGCGAAGAGUACGAAGCCCCGUACCUAAUCUUGGACACGCGGCCGCGCGAAGAGUUUGUCGAGAACCGCAUCCAUCGAGCGAAAUCAUUUCCGACCGCCUUCCUGUGCCGUGACCAAUUCCUGCCCGAGAUGCACCAAUUCAAAAACCAAGAGAGCAAGCUUAUCAUCGUCUACUGCCUCGACGAGAAGCUUUCUGUCCAGGCCGCAACCCUGCUGGGCCAAAAAGGCUUUGACAAUAUCUACCUUCUCACCGGCGGUCUCAGCGAGUACGCGGCCGCCAACCCCGAGCACAUUGAGGGCACGCCGCCGCCGCUCCCGAAGGGCCACGCGAGCCGCGACAAGAAGGCGACAAAGGACGUGUACCGGUCCGGAUCGGCCAUGUCGAGCGCCGCCAGCGUCAAGAGCAUGUCGACGCGCAAACGAGACAACGAGUCGGAUGCAAGCUCGAUCGCCAGCGCUCGCUCCGUUGCGGACUCUGUCAUCUCCAAGGCCACGGCUCGGAAGGCCAGCGUCCAGCACGGCGGUAGCGGCAGUCGCGGUCGCGCCGCGGCCCCAGGCGCCAACUUUCGAUAGAGCACACAUAAUGGUCGCACAAGACACGGCAAGAGAGAGAUUGUACAAUGCU